AAAGUUGACCGGUGCCAGCUGAAUGAACCGUCUUUGUUACACGAAGCCUCACUUCUAGAUGGGCAAUGGAUCGAGGCUGGGUCGGGCCAACGAUUUCCAAUUGAAGACCCUGGAUCGGGUCAGGUUUUUGCAUACUGCCCCACGAAUGAUGUGUCCGAUGUAGACAAAUACAUUGUUUCCUCCCAAAAAGCCUUCGAGAGCUACCGCUAUGUCAACCCACGAGUGCGAGCCAAGAUCUUGCUGAAGUGGCAUGAGCUGAUUACCAACGCCCGCGAAGACAUCGCGAAAGUCAUGGUAUAUGAGACUGGUAAGCCCAUGGCUGAGGCUUUGGGAGAGGUUGACUAUGCACUUGGCUUUGCUUGGUGGUUUGCAGGUGAAGCUGAGCGCAUUCGAGGUUCCGUCGCUCAACCCUCGGUCUCCGACCGACGCACGUUCGUGAUCAAGCAGCCUAUCGGAGUGAGCGUUGCCCUUGUUCCGUGGAAUUUCCCCGUGGCGAUGAUUAUCCGGAAGGUUGCCGCUGCGCUCGCCGCAGGCUGUUCGAUCGUCGUGAAACCUUCUCCGGAAACUCCCUUAAGUGUCAAUGCCUUAGCCGAUCUGGCCCUUCGUGCUGGCCUCCCAGCGGGGGUUUUGAAUGUUAUAUCCACUGAUAAUGAGAACACCCCUUCCGUUAGUGAAAGGCUUUGCAAGCACCCCUUGGUCCGUAAAGUGACCUUCACCGGAAGUACCAGGGUUGGAAGCAUUGUGGCGCGACACUGCAGUAAAGGACUGAAGAAGAUUACUAUGGAACUGGGUGGGAACUGUCCGUUUAUUGUUUUCGAUGACGGAGAUCUUGACCAGGCCCUCGCAGCAUUGAUGAUUCUCAAGUGGCGUACUGCUGGACAAGCGUGCACCCAUGCAAACCGUGUCUACGUCCAGAAGGGAGUUUAUGAUAAGUUUGCUCAGAUGAUUGUCCAAGCUACACAGAAGAUUCAAGUCGGUCAUGGCAUGGAAGCAUCGACGACCAUGGGCCCACUCACUACGAGCCGAGGAGUUGAGAAGCUCGAACGUCACGUUGAGGAUGCGGUGCAAAAGGGCGGAAAGAUUCUGUGCGGUGGAAAGAGGCCAGCAGGCCUGAACGGAUACUUCUUUGAGCCCACCGUCAUCUCCGGCAUGACUUCAGAGAUGUUGACUACCCGCGAAGAGAUCUUUGGCCCACUCCUAGGCCUUUACAGAUUUGAAGAGGAGGAAGAGGUGGUCAAGAUGGCCAACGACACAUCGAUGGGUCUGGCUUCUUACUUCUUUACCAAGGAUGUAGAUCGCACAUGGAGGUUAUUGGAGAGCCUCGAAGCUGGAAUGAUUGGCAUGAACACAGGAAACUCGUCAUGUGCGGAGUCUCCGUUUGGGGGGAUAAAAGAGAGUGGAUAUGGAAAAGAGGCGGGCAAGGACGUGGCAAUCGAAGAAUAUCUGAUCUCGAAGACUGGAACGUUGACCGUUGCAGGAUCUCGCAUGCCAUGA